CUGUGGCUGAGCUUGCAGGCAGUGGAGCCCCAGGCAGCGAGCCGCCUCCCGCCGAGCCCCCAGCCAGCAUGGCCAGCGAGUUCAAGAAGAAGAUCUUCUGGAGGGCGGUGGUGGCCGAGUUCCUGGCCAUGACCCUCUUCGUCUUCAUCAGCAUCGGUUCUGCCCUGGGCUUCCAGUACCCGGUGGGCAGCAACCAGACGGCCGUGCAGGACAACGUGAAGGUGUCGCUGGCCUUCGGCCUGAGCAUCGCCACACUGGCCCAGAGCGUGGGCCACAUCAGCGGCGCCCACCUCAACCCGGCCGUCACGCUGGGCCUGUUGCUCAGCUGCCAGAUCAGCAUCCUGCGAGCCGUCCUGUACAUCAUCGCCCAGUGCGUGGGGGCCAUCGUCGCCACCGCCAUCCUCUCGGGCGUCACCUCGUCCCUGCCCAUGAACUCGCUCGGCCGCAACGACCUGGCCCCUGGCGUGAACUCAGGCCAGGGCCUGGGCAUCGAGAUCAUCGGCACCCUGCAGCUGGUGCUGUGCGUGCUGGCCACCACCGACCGCAGGCGCCGCGACCUGGGCGGCUCAGCUCCCCUUGCCAUCGGCUUUUCUGUGGCCCUGGGACACCUGUUGGCGAUCGACUACACUGGCUGUGGCAUUAACCCUGCUCGGUCCUUCGGCUCGGCAGUGCUCACCCACAACUUCAACAACCACUGGAUCUUCUGGGUGGGGCCCUUCAUCGGGGGCGCCCUGGCCGUGCUCAUCUACGACUUCAUCCUGGCGCCGCGCAGCAGCGACCUCACGGAUCGCAUGAAGGUGUGGACCAGCGGCCAGGUGGAGGAGUACGACCUGGACGGCGAUGACAUCAACUCCAGGGUGGAGAUGAAACCCAAAUAGAGGGGCCGGGCCCAGGCACCGACCUGGGGGGUGCGGGUUUGGGGGGGUGGAGGGCGGGCGGGCUGAAAUCCGUAUUGCAGACACUCUGACAAGCUGGCCAAAGGCACUCCCCUGAGUGGACCUGCCUUCGGGGUCAGGCCUCAUUUAGGGGUGUCCAUAUAACUUUCUUUCUCUGUCUCUGUUUCUUGGCCUCGGAGCUUCUUGGGGACCAAGGUUUACCAGUUGCCCCACUCCCCUGAUGUCACGGAGGAGGUAAAAGAGAGGCCCUCAGAGUGUAGCCUUUUCUGGCCUGGAGGGGUGCCAGGCAGU